ACCGACGCUUUACGACAGCGAAGGUUCAGUUUGAUUGGACGUUUUUGUGCCGUAAACCGUGCCGGUUAAAGAACGCAUGGGAUUGAGCUGGGACAUCGUGUGUGUGUACAUCUGAAAUAAUGGAGGCUAAAUCCAAGAAAAACGCUUCUCCUAAAGUAGGAAAGAAGCUCCCGCAGAAAGGAAAAGAUUCCAUGGGGACCAAACUUGGUGGGAAACCAGGCGGUAAGCCAGGUGGUAAAAAGCCCUACAAACCUUUCAACAACACAGAGAGAAAGGGCAAACCGUGGAAGGGUGGAGAUGGCGGCAAGAAAGAACACAAAUUCCCUUUCUCUAAAGACGGCAUGGGGCCGCAGAAGAGGAAAAUGCCAUUUAAAGGGAAAAUUAAAGAAGAGGGUGAAGGUGAAGGUCCGGUGUCCAAGAGGAUGAAGAAUAGUGAGUUUGAUCCGAAGACGAAGGAGCUGUCGGAGGAGGAGCUCAAGAAGAACAGGCAUCAGAUGAAGAAUGAUCUGAAGAAGAGCAGACAGCAUGCUGAGAGAAAGGACAUGUUCCAGAUCAUCUGUCAAUGCAAACAAGUGUGGGGAGACCUCAGGAGGAAGAAGUGCGACAACGACUUGAAGAAGAAACUGAUGACGGAUCUUCACGAUCUGGUCCGCGGGAAGAUCAAACAGAUGGCGUUUGCUCACGACUCGGUGCGAGUGCUGCAGUGUUUCAUCCAGUUCGGCAGCCACGAGCAGAGAAAGGAAGUGUUCGAGGAGCUCAAAGAUGACAUCAUCGAUUUGUGUAAGUCGCAGUACGGCAAGCACGUGGUUAAAAAAAUGCUGAUGUACGGGAACAAGGAGCUGGUGGCGGUUGUGAUGCAAAAAUUCAAAGGUCACGUGCGUCAGAUGCUUCGCCACGUCGCCGCCUCGUCCAUCAUCGAGUACGCCUACAACGACAAAGCCGUGCUCGCUCAGAGACUCAUGCUCACCGAGGGGCUGUACGGGAACACCUUCACCAUCUGCAAGUCGACUGUGUGCAACACCAUCGAGAAAGUUGCAGAGGCGAACCCGGACAAGCUGAACAACAUCAUCGACGAGAUGAAGCAGAUUCUCACACCCAUGGCUGCGAAAGAACAAGUGAUCAAACACUCUCUGGUCCACAAAGUCUUCCUGGACUUCUUCCUGUUCGCACCCGAUAAACCGAGAACGGAGAUGAUUGAGUCGAUCAGAGAGUCUGUGGUCUACAUGGCUCACACACACGAUGGAGCACGAGUGGCAAUGCACUGUUUGUGGCACGGGUCGGCUAAGGACAGAAAAGUCAUCAUCAAAACUAUGAAAACCUACAUGGUGAAGUUUGCCACGGGAGAGUUCGGUCACCUGGUUCUUCUGGCCAUGUUCGACUGCGUGGACGACACCAAGCUCGUCAAACAGGCCGUGCUCUCAGAGAUCUUGUUGUCUCUGGAUGAGGUCAUCGGUAAUAAAUACGGUAAGAAGGUUUUGCUGUAUCUGCUGAGUCCCAGAGACCCGGCUCACCUGCUGCCGGAGAUCAUCAAGGUGCUGGAGAAAGGAGACGGAAACACACACAGUAAAAAGGACAUGGCGGUUCGGAGAAAGGAGCUGCUGGAAGUCGUGUCCCCCCCGCUGCUGGAGCAUCUCCGCGAGAACGCCGCUACCAUGGUGAUGGACAAGGCGUCCAGCGUCACCAUCAGUGACAUCCUGGCGUCGGCCUGCGGGGACCUGCAGCCCGCCAUGACGGCUGUGGCUCAGCUGGCCAAUCAUGAGUUGGUACCAGGAGGGACCAGCGGACAGCUUCACAUGGCGGAGCAUCCAGCAGGACACCUGGUGCUGAAAUGGCUCGUGGAGCAGGACAUGACACUGGCUGAGGCCGGCAAGGAAGAGCGCUUCGGCAGGAUACUGGUGGACACAGUGGGAACAGACACACUGAAGACCUGGGUCAGAGUCAACAGAGGAGCCAUGGUGCUCUGCAGCCUCCUGAACAGCUACGACAAGUCUGUGGCCGCAGAGGUGAAGGCGGCGCUGGAGUCCAUCAAAUCAGAGCUCGGCAGCAUCAGCAACAAUAAAGGAGCGGAAAUCCUGCUGGAGCAUCUGAACAAGUAGAGACUUUUGAUUCCAAACAGACUUGUGAUGUAAGAAGGCAUCACUUCCUGUGCAGAAGACUGCGAGUGUUUGUAACUGCGAAUGAGAACGUAUGCAGGAAGUGGAUACAACCUGAAGAACGGUUGUCUUGUCCGUCCUUGAUGGAAAAACGAACAUGAAUUUGUGUGUAAAUGUUGAGAAUUGUAUCUGUGAGUAAUGAAAUGAAGGUGUUUCUGGACGAGGUGAUGCAACGAGAAAACCGGUUAAGAUACACAGAUGCCUCUCGUGUGUCGGCAGCAACAGUACACAAUGUAAUUCCAUCACUGUCAAGCUGCUUUCAAUGAAACUCAAUAUUUUUCACAUUAAAAGCUUGGCCAAAACCGUCGCUAUGGCUGUAUACAACCUAAAGUUUGUCUUGUGGUAAUU